AUGGGGGGCUCGGACGCGCGGCCGGGGAGCUGGCCGUGGCAGGUGAGCCUGCAUCAGAGCGGGAGCCACAUCUGCGGGGGCUCCCUCGUCGCGCCUUCCUGGGUGCUCUCGGCGGCUCACUGUUUCGUGACGGCUCUGCGGGGCGGGGUCGCCCUGGUUCCCAAUGCGGUGGGCGCCGCCUGCAGGCCCGCCCCACCACUCCACCGGACAUCCGACCCUGAAUCCCGUCUGUCCGGGUCCCCCAGCCAACCAACCAGCUGGGAAUCGGGUCCACGCCUCCCUCUUUCUGGGAACCUAUCUGAACCCGGAUCUCUCCAGCCCCGAAUCCCGACCCAGGUUUCCCGCCGGCCCCACCUUCCCGCGGGCUCCGAGCCCCUACCCCCACGACAGCCGGCCUCCCCCCUCCCGCCCCGGCCUCCGCGCAGGAACGGGACCCUGGAGCCCGCGGCCGCGUGGUCGGUACUGCUGGGCGCGCACUCCCAGGCCGCGGCCCCCGACGGCGCGCACGUGCGCGCGGUGGCCGCCAUCCUCGUGCCGCGCGACUACAGCGGCGUGGACCGCGGCGCCGACCUGGCCCUGCUGCGCCUCGCCUCGCCCGCCAGGCUGGGCCCCGCCGUGCGGCCCGUCUGCCUCCCGCGCGCCUCGCACCGCUUCGCCCACGGCACCACCUGCUGGGCCACCGGCUGGGGGGACGUCCAGGAAGCGGACCCCCUGCCUCUCCCAUGGGUGCUACAAGAAGUGGAGCUCAGGCUGCUGGGAGAGGCUGCCUGUCAGUGUCUCUAUAGCCGGCCUGGCCCCUUCAACCUCACUUUCCAGCUAUUGCCAGGGAUGCUGUGUGCUGGCUACCCGGAGGGCCGCAGGGACACUUGCCAGGGAGACUCUGGGGGCCCCCUGGUCUGUGAGGAAGAUGGCCGAUGGUUCCAGGCAGGAGUCACCAGCUUUGGCUUUGGCUGUGGACGGAGGAACCGCCCCGGAAUCUUCACCGCUGUGGCUCCUUAUGAGGCAUGGAUACGGGAACAGGUGAUUGGCUCAGAGCCUGGGCCUGCCUUUCCCACCCAGUCCUGGGAGCCCCAGUCAGGUGCCUGGGAGCCCACGGAUCAGAACUGCAGCAUUGCUCUGCCAGAGUGCGGGAAGGCCCCAAGGCCAGGGGCCUGGCCCUGGGAGGCCCAGGUGAUGGUGCCAGGAUCCAGACCCUGCCAUGGGGCGUUGGUGUCUGAAAGCUGGGUCUUGGCACCUGCCAGCUGCUUUCUGGACCCCAUCAACUCAGAUGGCCCGCCCCGCGACCUGGACACCUGGCGCGUGCUGCUGCCCUCGCGUCCGCGCGCAGAGCUGGUGGCGCGCCUCGUGCCGCACGACAACGCCUCGUGGGACGACGCCUCGGACCUGGCGCUGCUGCAGCUGCGAGCGCCGGUGAACCUGAGCACGGCCCCACGGCCAGUGUGCCUCCCUCACCCAGAACACUACUUCCUGCCCGGCAGCCGCUGCCGCCUGGCUCGCUGGGGCCGCGGGGAACCUGCGCCCGGCCCCAACGCACAGCUCGAGGCCGAGCUGCUGGGCGGCUGGUGGUGUCACUGCCUGUACGGCCGCCAGGGGGCGUCCGUGCCGCCGCCGGGAGACCCGCCGCGCGCGCUCUGCCCCGCGUACCAGGAGGAGGAGGAGGCGGGCGGCUGCUGGAACUACUCUCAUCGGAGCCUCCUGUGCCAGGAGGAGGGGACUUGGUUCCUGGCUGGAAUCAGCGACUUUUCCAGUGGCUGCCUGCGUCCCAGAGUCUUCCACCCCCUGCAGACCCAUGGCCCGUGGAUCAGCCACGUGACUCGCGGAGCCUACCUAGAAGACCAGCUGACCUGGGACUGGGGCUCUGAGGGGGAGGAGACUGACACACAGACUUGUCCCCCGCACACAGAACAUGGUGCCUGUGGCCUGCGACCAGAGCCCGCUGUGGUGGGGGUCCUGUGGCCCUGGUUGGCAGAAGUGCACGUGGCUGGAGAUCGAGUCUGCACUGGGAUCCUGGUGGCCCCAGGCUGGGUUCUGGCAGCCACUCACUGUGUCCUCAGGCCAGGCUCCACGACAGUGCCUUAUAUCGAAGUGUACCUGGGCCGGGCGGGGGCCAGCCCCCUCCCACAGGGCCACCAGGUAUCCCGGGUGGUCACCAGCAUCCGCCUGCCCCGGCACCUGGGACUUCGGCCCCCUUUGGCCCUCCUGGAGCUGAACUCCAGGGUGGAACCCUCCCCAUCAGCCCUGCCCAUCUGCCUUCACCCAGGGGGUAUCCCCCUGGGGGCCAGCUGUUGGGUGCUGGGCUGGAAGGACCCCCGGGACCGAGUCCCCGUGGCUGCAGCUGUCUCUAUCUUGAUGCCACGACUCUGUCACUGUCUCUAUCAGGGCAUCCUGCCCCCUGGGACUCUCUGUGUUCUGUAUUCGGAGGGUCAGGAGGACAGAUGUGAGGUGACCUCAGCACCUCCGCUCCUGUGCCAGACGGAGGGAGGCUCCUGGGUGCUCAUGGGCAUGGCUGUUCGAGGGAGCCAGGAGCUGUUCGCUGCCAUUGGCCCUGAAGAGGCCUGGAUCUCCCAGAUGGUGGAGGAAGCCCAUUUCCUGCCUCCCAAUGGCUACCCCCACUGGCCCCCUGAAGGCAGCAACCUCUGCCCCCCUGAAAUGGCCAGGGCCUCAGGCUCCCCUCGGGUUGCCCUCUUCCUGCUGCUCCUGACCCCCCUGAUCCAGGGCUGAGGGGGCCUGGGUCCGAGAGCCACCCCUCCUUCUCCUCCCCCCACUCCCUCCAGCCUUCCACUUCCCACCCAGUACAGCUGGAAUGUGGCCCAACCGGCUUUGUUCCCUCACCCGCCACUGGCACCGAACCUCCAGGCCGCCCCACCCACCUGGACUGCAGCGGCUCUGGCUCUGGGUAAUUGGGCCUCCCCAGCUAUUUUGGGCUCCGGAAUCCUUGGGGGCACCGGGAAGCGGACAAUAAAGGUGUAA